AUGAAGCUCCGAUCCACCGGCGCCCUCGCGGCCCUGACCUCGGCCGCCGCCGUCGCCGCCCACGGCCACGUCUCCAACAUCGUCGUCAACGGCGUCUACUACGAGGGCUACGGCUCCGACUCCUUCCCCUACAUGCCCAACCCGCCCGUCGUCGCGGGCUGGACCAUCGACGCCAAGGACAACGGCUUCGUGUCCCCGGACGCCUUCGGCACCCCGGACAUCAUCUGCCACAAGUCGGCCACGCCCGGCGGCGCGCACGUCGAGGUCGCCGCCGGCGACAGCAUCUCCCUGCAGUGGAACACGUGGCCCGAGUCCCACCACGGGCCCGUGAUCGACUACCUCGCGCGCUGCGACGGCGACUGCGAGACCGUCGACAAGACCUCGCUGCGCUUCUUCAAGAUCGACGGCCCCGGCUGGCUCUCGGGCGCCAACCCGGGCCUCUGGGCCGCCGACGUGCUCAUCCAGAACAACUUCACCUGGCUCGUGCGCGUCCCCGCCGACCUGGCGCCGGGCAACUACGUCCUGCGGCACGAGAUCAUCGCCCUGCACGCGGCGGGCAACCCCAACGGCGCGCAGGCCUACCCGCAGUGCUUCAACCUCAAGGUGACGGGCGCGGGCGCCGCGCAGCCCGCGGGCGUGGCCGGCACGGCGCUCUACAAGGCCACGGACCCGGGCAUCCUGUACGACCUGUACCGCUCGCCGCUGCCGCCGUACACCGUCCCCGGCCCCGCGCUGGUCUCGGGCCUGCCCGUCUCGGUCGCGCAGGCGAGCUCCAAGGCCACGGCGACGGGGACGGCGACGAGGCCUGGCGGCGGCGGCGGCGGCGGUAGCUCCGGCGCGCCCACGAGCACGACCAAGCCGCCCUCGCAGCCGACGACGACGCUGGCCACCACGACCAGGCCGACCAGCACCACCGCCGCCGGCGGUGGUGGCGGUCAGGGGCAGACGCGCUGGGGCCAGUGCGGUGGGAGCGGGUACUCUGGCCCGACGUCGUGCGCUGAGGGGACGUGUACUGUGCUCAAUCCUUAUUAUGCGCAGUGCCAGUAG